AACUUAUUUGUGUUAUUAUGAUUAAUAAAAUUUAUAUUUUAUCCAAAAAUAAGAGAAAUUAAAAGUUCGGUUUUAAUUAAUGAAAACAUUUGCAUACCUUUUAACAAACAAAUGUCGCACAGUAAAAGCAAAGCGUUUUUAUCAGUUAGUUAUCAUGUAUUGCCAUGAAAUAAGAGAGUUAAAUAAAUAAUAAACUUUCAUUUCAACAUGAUGUUUUAUCAGGAAAAGAGAGUUGUUUCGAUUAAAAUUUUUAAAGUGAUAAUGUUUAGACUCUGAAACACUAUAAUAAUAAAUAAAGAAUAGUAUACAAUCUCUCGUGUAGAUGGGAAGCAUUUUAAUAUUUUAGAAAUUGUAGCAAGUUAUAUCUAAGCAUUUGGUUUCUUAUUAUCGGUAAUUAAAUGAAAAGGCAUGCUGCUGAUUUUUGUGCAGUGUAUUUAAAGGGGGUUGAUUAAAAUACGUAUUUCAUAAAAGUUGUUACUUAGUGGAAAAUUCUGACUUAUCAAAAUUUCUUCCUUCGCUAUGACGCAGAAAAACAUUGAAGUGUCUAUUAUCAUACCUGUAUACAAUGCAGAUCAGUGGCUUGAAGAUUGUUUUAACUCUAUUUUGAUUCAAGACUUUUUGAAAAAUGUUGAAAUAUCUGUUUUUAAUGAUGGAAGCUGUGAUAAAUCUGGGGAUAUUUUGAAUGCAUGGUCUUCCAAGUUUCAAAAGCAAGGUUUUCAGUUUAUAUUAUCAUCACAUGAAGAAAACCCAAAAGGAGUUGGCUUUGCAAAAAAUCAAGCUGUGAUUCAAAGCUCUGGGACCUACCUAUGCUUUUUAGAUGCUGAUGAUGUAAUGCACCCUACUCGAAUCAUGAAGCAAUAUGAAGCAUGUUUUUCGAAAACUGAUACAAUAGUUGGUUGUCAAUUUCAUAGAGACCCUACAGAUUCAACGCCGAGGUAUACGAGAUGGGCCAACAUUCUAAAAGCUGAACAACUUUAUCUGCAGAUUUAUACUGCUUUUGGUCCAACUGUUGUUAUGCCAACAUGGUUCUGUCAUCGACAAGUAUUUCAACAAGUUGGUGGCUUUGAUGAAAAUGGAAAAGGUACUCCUGAGGAUCUACUUUUCUUUUACAAGCAUUUAAGAUUAGGUGGUAAACUGCAAAAAGUGGAAGAAGAUCUCCUCAUGUAUAGAUAUCACCCUAGUGCAACAACAUUUUCCAUAACAGAGGACACAAUAUGGAAUGUAAGAUUAAAGGAACUAGAAACAAAUGUGCUAAGUAAGUGGAAUGAGUUCACAAUCUGGAAUGCUGGCAAACAAGGAAGAAAAUUCUAUAGAACUCUCUCAUCUCAAAACAAGAAAAAGGUGCAAGCAUUUUGUGAUGUAGAUGUGAAAAAGCUGUCCAAAGGUGUCUAUAUAUAUGAAGAGAGCAUUGUCAUUCCAAAGCCUCGCAUUCCAAUUAAACAUUUCAGAGAUGCCAAACCUCCUUUCAUAUUAUGUGUGAAAGUGGAUAUGACCAGUGGUUCUUUUGAAGAAAAUCUUGAAUCUUUGAAUUUAAAGGAGGGGAGAGAUUAUUUUCAUUUUAGUUGAUUCAUUUAAAUGGAUUUCUUUUAAUAAAUUCUGUUCUUAUUUUGCA